AUGGCGGCGGGAGCGGCGCUGUGGGCGCUGCUGGCGGGGGCCCCGACCGACCCCCCCCCCGAGGGCCCCCCGGACCCUGAUGUCACCUUCGACGUCACCGACCCCUGGGGCGCCCUGACCAGGGCGGGGGCCCCCCCCUGGACGCCCCCCAAGUGCGAGCUGAGCCCCACGGUGCCGGGCCCCCCCCCCCCCCGGUGGGCCCCCUCCCUGGCCCCCGACGCCCGCAGCCCCCCCGGCCUGGGGGGGCCCUGGUGGGUGCUCUCCCUGGGGACCCCCCGCUACGGCGUCACCGCGCUGCUGCAGGGACAGUCCCGCUCUGCCACCGCCACCGCCACCGCUGUCACCGUGUCCCUCUCCGUCUUCACCCUGACCCCGGAAUUGGGGGGUCCCCCGGGGUCCCCCCUGGAACUCCACUGCGCCUUCGCCGCCCCACCCCCGGCCUUCGCCCUGGAAUGGCGCCACCAGCACCGGGGCGUCGGCCGACGCCUCCUCGCCUACACCUCGGCCGACGCCCCGCGUCCGCCGCGCCGCUCCCGACGUCCAACUGCUGACGGGGACGGCGCCGGGGUGGGGGUCCGCGAGGUGACGCUCCGCCUGACCCCCUCACCGUCGCCCACCGGGGGCACCCACGUCUGCUCCGUCUUCCUGCCCCACGGCGAGGCCCAGCAGCUCCUGCGUGUCCACGUCCUCGAGCCCCCCAAGGUGACGCUGGGCCCUACGCCGCUGGUGGUGGCCCCGGGGACGACGGCUGAACUGCGGUGCGAGACCUCGGGCUACUUCCCCCUGGACGUGGGGGUGCGGUGGCAACGAAGGGCCGGAGAUUCGGGGUCACCGUUGCCACUGGAGGCCACCGUGGCCAUGACCUGGAGCUCGGGCCACCGUCGGGGACCCGGUGGCACCUUCAGCCGUAGUAACGGAGCGCGACUCGUCCCAGCGCGUCCCCACCAUCACGGGGACGUCUAUACCUGCGUGGUGACCCACGUGGCGUUGGCCGCCCCACUGCGCGUCCACCUGCGGCUGGAGGUGGCCGCCCUGCGCCCCCCGGACCAGGAGCUCAAG